AUGAUUGAUAAUGUUUCGAUAAUCGGCACUUUGGCAGCCCAUUCGCAGUUUCGCACAACAGCGAAUCGAAAUCGAAGCUCGAACAACAGCGACAGAAACAGUUAUUUGAUUGAUAAUUCAGCUUUAAUUGGGAACUUUUUCAAAAGAAAAUUCGAAGAAAUUAAUGAUAAUGAGUCAAGUCCGAAUGUUGGUAAUGAUAUCCAAGCAAAUGAUGAUGUUGAUGGCGAUGCAAGUCCGAAUGUUGAUAAUGAGAAUAUCCAAGCAAAUGAUGACGUUGAUGCAAGUCCGAAUGUUGAUAAUGAUAAUCCUACAACUUCAAUUCCAACAACACGAGGUAUUAUUGAUUUGAAUGAUCGUCCUCCGGAUCCACAUGAUAGGCCACCUAUUACUAGUUAUCACCCAAAUCAAAUAGAUGACAUAAGAAGUUGGUUAGAGUAUAGCAUCAAAGCAGACAAAGUAUAUUGUUUAUAUUGUUACUUGUUUAAAGAAGAUGUUGGUAAUCAAGGCGGAAGAGAUACAUGGUCUUCUAGUUCUAAAGGCUUUUGUGAUUGGAGUAAAAAGGGGUCAUUAAAGGAACAUGUUGGGAAUGUUGAUAGUCAUCAUUUAAAGGCGGCACAAAAAUGUCAUAAUCUCAUGAAUCAAAAGAAACAUAUGGAUGAGAAUAUGAAGAAGUUGACUAAAGAAGAAAUGAUUGCAAACUAUUAUCGAUUACUUGGUUCCGUUAUGAGUGUUAGAUUUUGUUUAGAAAACUCUUUACCCUUUCGUGGCCAUGAUGAGCCGGAAGAAUCUAAUUCUCAAGGUAUGUUUCUUUCGGUGUUAAACUUGAUUAGUACUAACCACCCGAAAAUUGGAAAGUACACAUUAGGGAACGCAAAAAAGAACAAUAAACUGACAUCGCCAAAGAUUCAAAAGGAGAUUAUUGAAUGCUUUUCAAAGGAAGUAACAAAAAGCAUUUGUGCAGAAAUUAAAGAUGAUGUGUUUGGGUUGUUGGUAGAUGAAUCUAGUGAUGUUUCUUUAAAGGAGCAAAUGGCUGUAGUUGUUAGAUUUGUUGAUAAACUUGGGGCUGUUAGAGAGAGUUUAAUCGGAAUUGUUCAUGUGAAAGACACGACUUCUAUAACUCUUAAAGAAGCCAUUGAUGAUUUAUUAGCAAGCAACCAGUUAAGCGUAAAGCAAGUGAGAGGGCAAGGUUAUGAUGGUGCAAGCAACAUGCGGGGAGAAUUUAAUGGGUUAAAAGCGUUGAUUUUGAAAGAUAACCCGUCAGCACAUUACAUCCAUUGUUUUGCUCAUCAACUUCAGUUGGUUAUUGUGGUUGUUGCAAAAAAACAUAGCGGUGUCAAAACUUUCUAUGAGUUCCUUUCCAUGGUUGUCACUACGGUUUCAGCUUCUUGCAAACGAAAAGAUAUGUUAAGGGAGGAAAAAAAGGCUAGAGUGGAAAAAGAAUUACUUGAAGGUAAAAUUAAAACGGGUAAAGGAUUAAACCAAGAGGUUUCCCUAGCACGACCCGGUGAUACGCGAUGGGGUUCACAUUAUAGAACCAUCAUCAGUUUGCUUAGAUUGUUUCCGGAAGUUGUGACCGUACUCCAACAUGUUAAAGAAGAUGGAGAUUGCAGUCAACAACGAACAAAUGCAAAAGGUAAAGAUUUAUUAGAAGCGGCCAACUUGAUAAAUGGUACAAAACGAGCAUUAAAUGCUUUAAGACAAAAUGGGUUUGAGCCGAUGUUGGAAAAAGUGACUUCCUUUUGUAAAAAAUAUAACAUUACAAUGUUGGACAUGUCGGAAAGUUAUGGUAACCCAAGAAACCGAAAGAAUGUCAUUACAAAUCGACAUCAUUUUGAGGUUGACAUUUUUAAUGAGGUUUAG